GUCACGAUCAAGUACAUUUUGCAACAACACCGUUCAAGCGGAUAAAAUAGGAACUAAUACACAAGAACAAAAUAUCCACGCGUAACUCUCUUUUUAAAGAAACUAGCGACAUUUACAACUGCAUAUAUAAGUUGGUAAUAAAUUGUUAUUAUUAUGCUAUCAGUUGUCAUCCAUCAAGAGCUGUUUUAUAAGCAACAAUGUGUUCAAAACUACUUCAAAACAGUUUCGAUCGUACGUAACGUUCGGUCGCAUCUUUGUAAAAUAGUAUAAAGUGCCAAAUCUAUUUAUAAAGCCGUAUUUGACGUAAUAUUUCUGCAAUUAUCGUCGUUUUCAUUUAGUUAAUAAAUUUACGUAAUCCGGUUAACCGGAAAUAAUAUUGCGCGAAAAUGGAUGACAACUACAAUAAUGGUUGUUUUAUUGAUACGGAUUUACCAGUAAUGCGUCUUCAAACACCAUUUGAGGUUGAUUUAUGUGGAAUAUAUGGCAGGAGCUUUGCAUACUAUUCGCUUAAAGAAAGGAUACCAGUUAUAUUGACAAAAAUAAUCGAUUACUUAUCAAGAGAGGCGUCUAACAUUAAAUCUGCCAAUGGCGCGUCGGAUGAAGAUCUUAGAAACUUUAUGCAAUCUGUGGUAAAAUUGAAGAACGAUUUAGUUACCAAUAAAGAUUAUGACCCAUUUACCGUAGAUACGGAAAAUGCAAAAAAAUGGAACAUGUGGAUUGAUGAUCAAGAAAAUAAGAAAUAUUUCAAUAAUACUUGGAUGUUUUCUGAGUGUUAUUUGUAUAGAAAGCUUAGAGAAGGUUGUGAAUUAACAAAGGGUCUGCAGAAUUUCGAUUAUUUUGAAGCCCAGAAGAAGAGUGCUUUUGACAACAACGUAGAGUUGAUGUGUAUAGUCGCUGACAAAAUGGUAACAAUGGUCAACAAGUCGGAGAAGGACAAACGGAAAGCCGAUUUCAUAACUUUGUUGAAGAUAUGCCUAUGGGCGAACAAAUGCGACCUUUCCCUCUCUCUAGGGUCCCAAGUGAACCUGAUCCAAGCGGCUAAGGAUGCCACGGAGAAGUUACGUCAGAGUCCCCCACCUCCGCCUCCCCCUACAAAGGGUAAGGGCAAGGAGCCCGCCCAACAAGCACCCCUUGUCAUCAGCCACGAUCCGUUUCAAAUGAUUUUGGAUUUAAAAGAUAAGUUGUUGGUGGACGACUCGGCUAAAAUAGCCGAUCAAGUUGUGACCAAAUCCGAAGCAAUGAUGAAGGCUAUAAAUGCGGUGCCACCUCCUGCGGAAGAAGAGAAGACAGAGAAGGAAGGGAAAGAAGGAAAAGAAGGAAAGGAAGGGAAAGAAGAAGCCCCCAAGCAGAUACCCUGUCCUGCUAAAAUGACCGUACCUCAAGCUGUCAUGUUCGAUAUUGUAUGUGACAACACCGGGUAUGAGUUGUUCGCGGAUCUGUGUCUCGCCCACUUCUUGGUGGCACAGAAGAUAGUUCAGAAGGUCAGAUUCCAUGUAAAGGACAUGCCGUGGUUUAUUUCAGACGUUACUGAAAAGGAUUUCAGAUAUGUCAUCGAUGCUUGUACUAACAGCAACUUCAGUUCCGAGGCAUCUUCCGGAGCUACAGAAGGCGAUUCAGGGGAGGCUAAGAUAAUCAAGGCUGACAACCUGAGGACUCUAGGUCAGCAGUGGAACCAAUAUCUUACUGACGGCGUCUUCCAGGUUAUGGCUGAAGAAUUCUGGACGUACCCCCACGUUUAUAGGGACAUGAAGAAAUACGACCCCAACUUAUAUCGCAAACUGCAAUACGCUGUAGCGAUAAUGUUCAAAGGGGACCUCAACUAUAGGAAGCUUUUGGGAGACCGAAACUGGAACCCUACAACUGGAUUUGAAGCUUCGUUGCAAGGUUUCAUCCCGGCCCCCAUAAUAGCGGUUCGGACGGUCAAGGCCGAGCUUAUCAGCGGACUACCGAAGGGCAAGUGGGACCAGCUAACUGCUGCUGAUGAGAAGUGGAUGCAGAGUGGGGAUUAUGGUGUGAUUCAGUUCUGUGCUAAGGGCGAGGCGCUGAAGGUGUCCGACCGUCCCUGCAUGGACUACUGCAAAACCUGCUUCGGAGUCACAUGUCCUGAACAUACAGAUAUAUGAUCAAUUGUGUCGACUGAACUCAUUUUUUGUUGUUUAUCUUUAUAUAAAUAAAGUUUUUACACUAUACUUUGUAUUUUGGGCACGGCCAGCUUCUACAUCACUUUUCAUAAAUAAAUCUAAAUGUUAUUUACUUGUUAUUUCUUAUUUACAAAUUAUGAAUUAAAUGUUUUUUGAAUUUUGA